CAUCGCCUUUUUCUUGUAUGACCACCUUCUUGAGGGCACUGAGGGCCUGUCACUACAGACCACACAGGCUGACGAGGGGUGUGGUCAUUGCGAUGUCUGGGCAAGUGAGACACCACUCGGUAUCGGACCAAGAGGACACUGCACCGGCUGAGAAACGACCGCGAGUGGAUGUCAGUGAAGCCAAUUUAACACCUGCGUCUACCAGGGCUACUUCUUCUAUUGGUCAGGGGCAGAAGAAACAGCAUGCACGAAAGGAGAAGAAAAGAAAAAAGCACGCGAUUCCGGAGCCGUGCUCGACUGAAGACGUGCUCUGGCAUGACGUCGUCUCUCUGUUGGGAUCAGAAACCGUCGAUCAGAAAAUUGCGCAGGGUGUUGAGUGGGAAUCGCCAUUCGACUUCAGGGAGGAGCUUGAAGUAACCGUGUCCGCGCUGUCAUCCAAUGGUGACGCGUUGGCAAUCGGACCGGACCCGCGCAACUCAUGGGUGAUUGUAGUCCCGUUCGCGCUGCCAGGGGAGAGGGUACGCGUGCGGGUAUAUCGUAGUUCGCGGCUACACUCCUUCGCAGAUUUACUCGAAGUGGUAUCCCCGAAUCUCGAGUUGCGGGGCAACAGCCGGGUCAGGUGUAAAUAUUUUGGCAAGUGCUCGGGAUGUCAGUAUCAGAUGUUAUCAUACGAGAGUCAACUCGACAUCAAGCGCAAUGUAGUCAUCAAGGCGUAUCAGAACUUUUCCGGACUAAUCGAAUCCUCAAUACCAACUGUUCUUCCGACAAUCGGCUCGCCCCUACAGUACAAUUAUCGUACUAAGAUUACUCCACAUUUCGAAGCGGCUCCAAAACGAGCCCGACAAACAGAAUCCGCGGACGCCAGCACUUCCAAACCAGAUUGGUUGAAGAUCGGAUUCAACGAAAUCGGCAAGAGGACUGUCAUGGAUAUCGAGGAAUGCCCAAUCGCUACCCCUGUCUUGAACGAGGCUCUUGGUCGAAUACGGAAAGAUAUCAUCGGAAAUAUAUGGUCAUACAAGAAGGGCGUUUCGUUACUGUUGCGGGAUUCAAUAAAGGCGAACCCAGCGAACGAGAAAGCUAUGUCGAGUGACACAGACAGCCAAUCGCAAGAAGAGGAAAGUCAUAUUUGCAUAACCGAUCCCAAAGCGAUAGUUCGGGAAAAGGUCGGGGAAAAGUAUUUUGAGUUCCCCGGUCACUCGUUCUUCCAGAACAACAACUCAAUCCUUGUUCCCCUCACUGACUACGUCCGAGAUGCAAUCUUCCCAACAAGCCUGAAACAUUCCCCCGACCACCAGCAUCCCACGCAUCUAGUAGAUGCCUAUUGCGGGAGCGGUCUUUUUUCCAUCAUGUUGUGUUCACAUUUCCAAACAGUCGCGGGUAUCGAACUAUCUGCUGACUCGAUCAAAUUUGCUACUCAUAACGCGCAUCUCAAUGAUAUUCCUGAAGGGCGAUGCACGUUCCGCGCCGGCGAUGCUGCCAACAUUUUUUCUGUCGUAUCCGAAUUUCCGCGGGAGAAGACUGCGUUGAUCAUCGACCCGCCACGGAAGGGAUGCGAUGAGAACUUUAUCGAUCAGCUCGUUGCGUUCCGUUGCAAAACUGUCGUCUAUGUCAGUUGUAACGUUCAUACACAAGCGAGGGACGUUGGGAUGAUUCUUGACAAGAUGGGGAAAAGUGCAGACGAGAAGGCAAGGUAUGUAGUGGAGAGUCUGAGGGGAUUUGAUUUGUUCCCCCAGACAGCACAUGUAGAGUCUGUCGCUGUGCUUCGACUGAUUUAGAUGCGAUUCUGCUUCGUGUCCUAAAUGGAUUGUGCGAUAAAGAGCUCGCAGCGCUCGCGUUUGAUUGGUCGGGCUAGCGAUGAAAUUUAACUCAUAGCAAAUUAACGUGACAUGCCAAGUUCAUAUGGCAGACUUGGUCGCAAGAAGCUUCCGCAGCACUGCAACUUAACGUACACAGAGACAAUCAAGUUCAUGAAUCAUCAUCCCG